AUCGAAUUGUAUCGAUUGUGAUUCAGAGCGUAUCAUUGUGCGGUUAGAAUUCGGAUGUCUUUGAUCUCCUAGUACAUCCUGUAACGUUCUUUCUAUCUGUUUGUGAACGGCCUGGGAUCUGUCGUGGGUUUGUUCACUGGGUAAGUGCCUGUAGUACAGUAACACACCGAUAAACAGAAGCUCUGUAUUGUAUUGUAGUACACUGAGCUGCACCCGACUCCAUUGAGGAUUGUUCCUCGUCGCUUCGUAUUCUUGCAGCCCCGGAAGCGCUCCUGUCUGGUGCCACGUCAGGCUUUUACCGGUACAUAAACAUCAUCACUGUCACAUACAGACUGCAUCCCAUAAAACCAAACUCCAGCUCCUCUAUCUCCAGUGAAUAGAGUUGAAAAGGCCAGCCUGAAGCUCUUUGUUUAUCACCGCGUUUCGAUAAUCCGCUGUCUCCUGUGAUAAGCCGCUACAUCAUGACAUUCACGAUUCCUUUGUUCCGUUGCUUCUGCUUAUUCUUUCACGCUGUUGUAGUUUUUAAUUUGGUUUCCGCGACUGAGCUGACGUUUGAGUUGGCUGAUGACGACACACAAUGCUUCUUUGAAGAAAUUGAUAAAGGAGAAAAGUUUUCACUAGAUUAUCAAGUAAUUACAGGGGGUAACUAUGACGUGGACUGUUCCGUCGUGGAUCCAGGAGAGAACGUCUUGUAUGAAGAGAGUAAGAAACAGUACGACCACUUCAGCCACACGGCUGAGGAGACCGGCGUGUACAAGGUCUGCUUCAGCAAUGAGUUCUCCACCUUCUCACACAAGACCGUGUACUUCGACCUGCAGACUGGGGAGGAGCCUGCUCUUAUCCCAGAAAUGCAUAACAGGGUCUCCGCCCUCACCCAGAUGGAAUCCUCCAGUGUCUUAAUCCACGAGAUCCUGAAGACCAUCUCCGAGUCCCAGACUCACUACCGCCUGAGGGAAGCCAUUGACCGCAUCAGGGCGGACGAGAUCCAUGAGCACGUCAUGUACUGGUCAAUCGGGGAGACGGUCAUCCUGUUUGUGGUCAGCAUCAGCCAGGUGGUGAUGCUCAAAAGCUUCUUUACUGACAAGAAGCCCCUCCCAGGACUCAGCUCAUAGACAUGGUUGCGAAUGGGAGUUCUCUUCCAUUUUGCAGGUGUGUAUCUAGGUACACAGUCUUUUUCAAAUUUGUAUUCUUCUUCUUCUUCUUCUUCUUGUCUUUGGUGCAUAGCAUCUCCUCCAGGAUGUUAUAUUCAUGCCAUGCUGUUUAUUGCAUUUCUUUUUUAAUUAUUGUUAAAGAUUUUCAAGGCACACGCUAUGAUUGAGAAAGUGCCUCCUGUUUCAUGCCUCAAUGUCCUUGUACUUCCCCUGGAAAUGUACACAAAAGCAGGCUAAGCUUUGGAACUGUGCUCUUAACUGAAACCUUUGGCAUUCAGCCUUAGAAAAAGGUAUAUAAAUGUUGAUCUGUAUUGCACAGAGAAAUCCAGGGGUGAAUUACAAUCUUUUAUUUAUUUAUUUUAAUUAAAAAAGGCUGUAAGCAUAAGCAGUACACACACACACACAAACACACUCACUGAGACACACACUGACACACACACACACACUCUGACACACACAUACACACUGACACACACACUGACACACAUAUACACACUGACACACACACACGCACACUGACACACACACUGACACUGACACACGCACACUGACACACACACUGACACACACACGCACACUGACACACACACACACACACACACACACACAGUGUAAAUGUUGUCUGCAGUGUGUUAAGUUUCUGCUGUAACUGUGGUGUGCUUUCCGAGUGUAAAGGUGCAGAAUUGUGCUGCUGGUUGAUGUUGUGUAUUUCAUCCUGCUGCACGGUGUUUUCUGGUACUGCAGCCCCGGUCUCUCGCUCAUACCAAGCACGGUGGCUCUCUGGUGGGUUUGAGGUUCUUUUGAUGGGUUUCAUCAGGAUUUUUAAAUAUCAUUUUUGGGUUAAAGAAUUAAUUGUACACGAGUAUUCUUAAAUUGAGUUGAGAGCUUGAUUUCAUCAGUCUAUGUCCAGCUGGAUUUCAGAGCAUUUUACAGCACUAGGGAAUCGGCAGUUUAUCUGUGAUUAUCCAGGCAUGACCCUAAACAAGUAUUUAAAAAUCAAGCCCUUAGAAUGGUGUUUUUUUUUUAAACCGCAUUCAAACUAUAAACUAUUCUUAAUUUUUUACAUGCAUAUAUUUAAACCACUUGACGUGGACUCAGUGUACAAUAAUUCACAUCAAAAGCAGUGGGUUUGGGUUUGGAGAAAUACAGUAAAUUUUAAAUAUAACUUACAAAAGUGCAUCUUGUUCCUCUCAUUAUCCACUCGCCCUCUAUCCCUGUAUCCUGUUUAUCUUAAAUGCAUUUCAGCAAAUUCCACAUUCCUCUAGAAGCAUCUGCCUGUGUCUUGAAGCUGUUGUUUUCCACUGCCUCUGUGGAUGCUCAGUGUGUGACUGUGUGCCAGGGAGCUACGUUCUGGGUUCUGGUGGGUUCAUGUUUCUGCCCUGUUAGGCAGGUUUAGCUCAGUGCUUUCCUUGCCAGGAAUCCAGUAUCUGUUCAUCGUUUGCUUUGUGACAAGAGACUGAACCAUGUGCUGAUUGUUUGUUCCCUGCUAGACAGACCUGUGUAAGCAAAGCAAAGCGAGGAGGUACGAUUAGAGAGGAGGGGAGGAGGGGAACUUCAUAAUAAAAAACAGCAUUGCAAAAAUGGA